AUGAUUAGAAAUGGACUAAAUAAAUGUUUACAAAAUAAAUUGUUUAAUAAUAAAUUAUUUUAUAGUAGUCAAGCAAAACCAAGCAGAGACUCAUCAUAUGCAAUAAUUAAUAAUGAUGAUAUUGAACAUUUUAAAACCAUUUUAGAUACACAUUCAAUUUUAACCGAUCCAUCAGAUAUUGAUGGUUUCAAUCAAGAUUGGAUGAGAAAAUAUAAAGGUAACAGUAAUUUAGUUUUAAAACCAAAAACAACCGAUCAAGUUUCAAAAAUUUUAAAAUAUUGUAAUGAUAAAAAAAUUGCAGUUGUACCACAAGGUGGUAAUACAGGUAUGGUAGGAGGAAGUGUACCAGUACAUGAUGAAAUUAUAUUAUCAUUGAGUAAUAUGAAUAAGAUUGAAAAAUUUGACCCAGUUACGGGUGUGGUUGUAUGUCAAGCAGGUACAGUAUUAGAGACGAUAGAGAAUUAUUUAACACCAAUGGGAUAUACUGUGCCAUUGGAUUUGGGUGCAAAAGGUAGUUGUCAAAUAGGUGGUAAUGUAUCAACCAAUGCAGGUGGUAUUCGUUUAUUACGUUAUGGAUCAUUACAUGGUAAUGUUUUAGGUGUAGAGGCAGUUUUAGCUGAUGGUACCAUUUUAGAUUGUCUUUCAACUCUUAGAAAGGAUAACACAGGCUACGAUUUAAAACAACUUUUCAUUGGAUCUGAAGGUACUUUGGGUAUUGUCACAAAGGUGUCAAUGAUUACACCACCAAAACCAACAAGUGUUAAUGUUGGUCUUUUCGCAUGUCAAGAUUUCAAUCAAGUUAAAACUGUUUUAUCACGUGCAAAAUCACAAUUGGGUGAUAUUUUAUCAGCUUUUGAAUUUAUGGAUAGACCUUGUAUAGAUUUGGUUUUAAAACACCAACAAGUUCAAGAUCCUUUCCAAGAGAAAUCACCAUUCUAUAUUUUAUUAGAAACUUCUGGUUUCAAUGAAACUCAUGAUUCUGAGAAAUUAAAUAAUUUCUUAGAAUCAAUUAUGGCUGAAAAUUUAAUUAUUGAUGGUUCUUUAGCGACUGAUUCAAAAAAUAUAUCAGCAUUUUGGAAAUUUAGAGAAUCAAUUACAGAAUCAUUAGGUAAAGAAGGUGCAGUUUAUAAAUACGAUUUAUCAUUACCAAUUGAACAAUUUUAUUCAAUUGUAGAAUUAAUGAGAGCUAAAUUUGAUGAUAAAGCAAAUGUAGUUGGAUUUGGUCAUGUUGGUGAUGGAAAUUUACAUUUAAAUAUUUCAACACCAAAGAAACCAUAUAGUAAAGAAAUUUUCGAUAUGAUUGAACCAUUUGUUUAUGAAUAUACAAGUGAACAUCGUGGUUCAAUCAGUGCUGAACAUGGUGUUGGUUUAAUGAAACCUGAUUUCCUUCAUUAUUCAAAAUCAAAUAAUUCAAUUAAUUUAAUGAAAUCAAUUAAAAAUACAAUGGAUCCAAAUAAUAUUUUAAAUCCUUAUAAAGUUUUACCAACAAAAUAA